AUGGUGGAAAGCCAGAAAAUCUCCGGCGCGGACCUCAGGGCCACCACCGAGCCUCAAGUUGUCCGUGUCCUCGUAAAGGCCCCACGGCAGAAGGAAGAGUUUCUGGUCCACCAGGACAUGCUUGUGGGAGAGUUCAAGGAACACAUAGGCCGGCAUUUCUCCUCUUCCCCUGACCGAGUCGUGCUGGUGUACGCCGGAAGGAUCUUAAAAGACCACAAGACCCUGGGCCAGCACAGGAUCCACCUCGAUGAUGACGCCACCAUCUUCGUGGUCCUCCGGUCCCACCGAGUGCCACAACCCCGACAAACCUCUGCCGUUCUGCCCCACCCGGCCUUGGGCCAGAAGCCCCACCCCAGUAGCGCUUUUCCCAUGGCUGGCUCAUGGGAGCUGAUCACAGCCUGGGCCUCAACACGCCACCUGCUGUGGGAGUUCCAGACCCAGCUGAUGUCCGAUCCGGACCUGAUGCUCCGGCUCCUGGAAAACCCGUUCAUCCAGAGCAAGCUCUCCCGCCCCGACCUGAUGAAGGAGCUGGUCACCAACAACCCCCAGGUGCAGCAGGUGAUUCAGAAAGCGCCCGAGAUCAGCCAUGUCUUCAGCUCUCCAGAGGGCAUGAAGCUGGUGGUAGAGCUGGCCAGGAACCCGGCGGUUGUGCGGGAAAUCAUCAAGCCUCCCCCUCAGGCCUCCGACUUCCCCAGCGGAGACAACAACGGCUCCCAGCCGGGACAUUUCGUCGAGACGCCAGGCCUGCUGCACAAGGGCCUUCCGAAAAAGGGGUCGGCCAGCUCUGGCAGUGGCCACCCACCCACCCACCCCUGUGAAAAGCUGUCUGCUAAAGAGAGGUCGCUUCUGACCGGUGUCCGGCCUCCAAGGCCGGGUGCCCAGAACAUCAGCUCUGGUGGCCACGAUCAAAGUCACGAGGAAGGCGGUGGAGUGAAGGAAGAAGCUGGGCAGAUGGUCUCCACAGCGGUGAAGAACCUGCUCCACCAAAUCAUACGGCACCUCCUGGAGAACGUUGCCAGCAGCCCUAGCAGGAACACCGCCGGUCAGGUGCUCAGCCAUGCCCCAGAGCUGGUGGCCAAGAUGAUCCGGAAGAACGCCACGGUGCCCAGGAACUCCCGAGAGCAGGCCGCCACGCAGAUCCCGGCCCUGCUGCAGCAGAUGCAGAGCCCAGACAUCUUCUGGGCCAACUGGAGUCCAAAGGAGAUCCAGGGACUGCUAGAAAUCCAGCAGCGGCUCCAGGCUCUCUCUGCAGACGAGCCAGCGAAAAGACCCCACCGAGACGAGCGGCCCGUGCGGAGGGCGCACUCCAACACGUCUCUCUGUGAUAUCGGACCCCCUGCCUCCAGGGUGGGGCACCAGGGCUUCUCUGCCCAGAGGAUCUUGCAGGCUCUGGUGGGCGCAGAUUGGGCAGCCGGUGCCAAACCCCUCAGCAACUUGCGGGGCUCUUCGGCCCAGCCCUCCUCCAAGCAACAGCGGACCUACAAGCUCUGA